UCCUCCCAUUUCGGUUUCCUCCUUAGUACCUUCAAGUAAAUAAUGGAAGGCUUCAAUGGGUGGUUGUAUGAAAGCUUUAACCAUGAUUUCGCCAUUCGAAGGUUUUGCUCGGAACGAGUGGAGCUCGAGCAAGUUGAGUUGGAAGAAGCCAUGAAUUAUGACAUUGAUUCAUGUUGUCCAGAUGAUGAAACCACCACCCCUCACUUGGCUGCUUCUGAGGUCCAAGACUUUGUUGAUAGUUUCUUCAACAUGGAUAACAAUGUCGAUGUUGAUAACGAUGGGGACGGUAAAGAUGAUCAUCAUAACUUUGAGAAGAAGGACAAUUCCGAUCGUUUUCGGGAUGAAAUCGAGACAUUUUCGAUCGUGAACGAUGAUUUGAUGAUCGAAGGAGAUGAGUUGGAGAGAAGUGAUUCGUGUGAAGAUUUGGGAUCACAUGGAAUUGUGCCUAGUAUAGUGGAGGCGAGCCAUGGGGUAGACCAAGGGCUUCACCUGGUGCAUUUGUUGCUAGCAUGCGCCGAGGCGGUCAGCUGCCGUGACUUACACCUUGCAACCUCUAUGCUCACUCAAAUCUGUGCUUCGGCUACUCCCUUGGGUGAUUCACUGCAAAGGGUUUCCUAUUGCUUCGCUGCAGGAUUAAAAGCUAGACUAUCACUUCUUCAAAACGUCAAUGGGAAUGGCACGAUCACGAAUUGUGUCGUCAAUGUGCCAUCGAUGGCUAGGGAGGAGAAAUCCGAGGCUUUUCAUCUGCUUUACCAGAUGACUCCUUACAUUGCAUUCGGUUUCAUGGCUGCAAAUGAGGCAAUAUGUCAAGCCGCACAAGGGAAAGUUUCCUUGCACGUUAUUGAUCUAGGAAUGGAACAUACACUUCAAUGGCCUUCCCUGAUAAGAACACUAGCAUCGAGGCCCGAAGGUCCCCCGACUCUCCGAAUCACGUCAUUAACCAGCAAUGAACAUCUCGUAGAGCUUGAAGCCGGCAUAAAGUCCCUCGUCGAGGAUGCUAGCUCACUAGGUAUAACGAUGGAGUUCCAUGUUAUAACAGAGCCAGUUACACCAUCUCUUUUGACCACAGAUAAUCUCAACUUAAGAGAAGGGGAAUCAUUAUACAUCAACAGCGUUAUGCACUUGCACAAAUAUGUCAAAGAGAGUAGAGGAUCACUCAAAGCAAUCCUCCAAGCAAUCAAGAAACUAAGCCCGGCUCUGUUGACCGUGGUGGAACAAGAUGCGAACCACAACGGACCAUUCUUUCUCGGGAGGUUCCUCGAGUCCCUUCAUUACUAUUCAGCCAUUUUCGAUUCACUAGAAGCGAGUCUACCCAGACAUAGUCCUCAAAGGAUGAAGAUAGAGAGGCUUCACUUCGCCGAGGAAAUCCAUAACAUAGUAGCUUAUGAAGGGUCAGACCGGAUCGAAAGGCACGAAAGAGCAGAUCAAUGGCGAAGACAGUUAGGCAGAGCCGGGUUUCAUGUGAUGGGGUUGAAGUGUUUGAGUCAAGCAAGGAUGAUGCUUUCGGUUUACAGCUGCGACGGUUACACAUUGGGCAGUGAGAAAGGAUGCCUCCUCCUUGGGUGGAAAGGCAGGCCUUUGAUGCUGGCAUCUGCCUGGCAACUGCACAAUGCUUCGUCAUAGUAACGACGGAACAUAUCGUCUCGAUCAAAGCCAUUAGAUCAUUGAUUCGGCAACGACAUUUAUUGAACUAAACUUAGAAAUAAGAUAUGUUCUUAGGGACAUUCAG